AUAGACCCCCCAAAAUCUUCACCUUCCCUGGCUCAAGGGUUUUUCCUUCUGAAUUGUUCUUGAUGUUCCAUUGAUGAUUUUAAUCAUUUUGAUGCUUUCUAUUUGCAGUAGAAACCAUUGCUAAUCCUGCUCAUGAUAUGAGUUUCCCCGUACAUCUGCAACGAAUUCGGCUUGUUCAAUCCUUCUCUGUUGUUUUCCUUUAUUGGUUCUAUGUUUUCUCGUUAGUCGUCUAAGUUCUUAGUACUCUAAUUUCUUAGAAUUUUUAUCGCCAAAGCCUUCAGAACCAUCUUCAAAGUAUCAGUUUCUGUUUCUCUAGCACUCGAUUCACCUUAUACAGAUUGUGGAAAUGCCAAAGCAUGCUACUAGCUCAUCAUCAGAAGGUGAUGAGCAACACCCAAUAGUGGAUGAGAAAAAGAGGAAGAGAAUGAUAUCAAACCGCGAAUCAGCAAGGCGGUCAAGGAUGAAGAGAGAGCAGCACAUCAAAGAUCUCGUCGGCCAAAUCACCUUCCUCCAGAAUAACAACAACGAGAUUGUUCAAAAACUCAAUUUCAUUAGCCAACAAUUCAUGGCAGUUGAAACAGAGAACCGUAUUUUAACAACGCACCGCGAUGAAUUAAGGAACAGGUUGGAGUCCCUGGAAAUUGUUUCGAGCUACGUUUGUGGGUAUCUGAAAGACGCUCCCCAACGUAAUCCACAACCAUGGCUGCUUCCUCACCAGUCUCUGCCUCUCAUGGCUUCCACUGGCUUCUUCCAGUUUUGAACACUAGCCACUGUUAUAACAUUCAGUAAUGUUCACAAGGGCCUGUACAUAGAUAAUAUUGUACACAUCCCACUAGGUUUUCCCGGGUUCAGUUCCGGUUUUGUUAUUUGCUUCGUUAUAUUUGGGUGUACGGUUUUAUCUCGGGUCGUCCUGCUUCUGGUUCUAGUUACUUCAAAUAAGAUGGAACAUGUCUGUAAGUUUUAA